CUACUCGUCUACAGCAGAUACAGGGGGACAACGUCAUGAAUCCCAUAGAAGUGACAGCGGAGGAGCAGCCAAGUGCCGACUCCCAAAACCUGUUUGACACAGGCACCGCGGAAAGCACCCAGGAGCAAGAAGGCUUUUUCAACCUACUGAGCCACGUCCAAGGUGCGAGAAUAGACGAACAGAGGUGCAAUAUCCAGAUUGUGCACAGCAAAGGAGACCAGGAAGAAAAGGACAGCUGUCCAGUCACCCCACCUCCCGAAAUGAACCUUCUGAUGGACAUGCUAGCGCAGUCUCAGAGCCGGAGACUGGAUGACCAGAGAGCAGAGUUCACGCAAACCCCAGUCUUCCCAGAUACUAUGCCUGCGCGCAGGGUGUCUCACGAUAAUGGCAGGCUGAAGAACAAGCCAUAACUCCAUCUUUCUUCUGAUUUCAUCCCAAUGUGUCUUCUGGAAGAUAAUAUGAAUAUCCAAGAACCUCCAGGAAGAGUCUAAAAA